AUGUUGCCAAAUCAACGGCUCAAGAAAAAGCCUCACCAAAAGUCAAGAAAUGGUUGCAUCAACUGCAAGCUGCGCAAGGUCAAGGUUGGUCACUUGGUCCAUCCGCGUAUACCAAUACUCACCACCAGGCAUUCCAGUGUGACGAGUCUCAGCCCAGGUGUACAAAUUGCGACCGAUUUCGCUUGGAUUGUCGUUAUCGGAAUCUUCGGCAAAGCAUAUCCGUAUCGCCACCAACAGUUGUUCUUCAAGUUGACACAGAGCCGCACCCGUCGCCUCAGCAAGACCCAGGCACUGCUUUCCUCAGAUACCGAACUUAACAUCGCUCAGGCUGAGUUGCUGCAUCAGUUCAUCACUUGCACUGGGCCCAAUCUUGGCGGCUCCGAUGACCUUAAUCACCCAAUUGUCAAGUUCUGGUCGCGCAAUGCAACGCUACUCGCGAUCUCGUACCCCUAUCUGCUCCAUCUCUCUCUCUCCCUUGCGGCAUAUCACCUGGCAUUUCUAGCGUCCGAAACAGAGCCCAGCAAAGCCCGCUACACCGUCCUCGCUAGACAUCACUUCUCUGUCGGUCUCACCCAGGCAAAUGAAGCCUUAUCCGCUAUUGACAAAUCGACUUGUGGCAGCCUUUACGUAUCAACCAUACUCGUGUGCUUCUGUUCAUUUGCCGCGGGACCCAGCGGCCCUGAUGAUCUUUUUGUAUGUUCUGCAGGGGGGAAAUCGUCCCACAAAUGGCUUCCACUAGCACGUGGUGCGCGACUGAUACGAGAGCUUUACGACGAAAGUGUCCUGUUCUCAGGACUUACGGAGCCUUUUGGUAGUAAUAGUGGCAUACCACCUGAAGACCCUCGUCCGACCUGUGUCUGCAGGGGCUUCGUAAGAGUUGACUGGACUGGUCCUGUUGCAAGACUACACGACUUGGUAAUGUCAACUGCAACAUCGAGCAAUGGUGUCUAUGUAGACUCCUUGCAGAUGCUUACUGCUAUCUACGAGGUUACAUUUGGUGAUAACGAUGGAUCUGUCAAGGCACCCUUGCACCACAAAGCAGUCCUUAUAUGGAUUUACCUGAUGGAUGGUUCAUUUGUAGAGUGCCUACAGAGAAAGGACCCCAUAGCAUUGCUCCUACUAGCCUAUUACGCCCCUCUGAUAAAAACCUUGAAAAGAGACUGGUUCCUGCAUGGCUGGGCUGAACACAUUCUUCGGGCAUCAGAGAUGUUUAUAACAGACGACUAUGCUGACUUCUUGCAAUGGCCGGCUGCAGCAGUGAGAUCAAUAUGA